UUGUGUAAAAGGUCCCUCUGUUAGGGUUUUUCUUCGGGGGUUUUGUUCUCCUUUCUCAUCGAUUAAUCCUCCGCAGAAAUUCCCAGCUUCCGCGGCUAGUUUUCUCGUCUGCGACCUAACAAUGUUGUCUCCGAAGGAAUUAGUGGCAAUAGUACAGUCUUCACUGCUCGGAACGUCACGGCCAACUCCAACGCAGCGAAUCGAACUCACUCAUGCCAUUCGAUAUUCCUUUUCCUCUAUUCAGAACCUCCUCUCUUUUCCGCCACCGAAGCCGUCCGAUAGAGCGCAAGUUCAGUCCCGAGAGAUUCGACUCCCUGAUUCGUUGCCAAUACCUUUGGAUGAACAAGAUGUCGCGAUUACCUUGAAACUGAGUGAUGAGCUUCACCUAAACGAGAUUGAUUCUGUUCGUCUGCUUGUAUCUGCAAACCAGGAGUGGGGCUUGAUUGGACGAGACCCGCUUGAGAUUCAACGGCUUGCAACUGGCCUAUGGUAUACAGGGAGAAGAGAUCUUACAUCAACACUCUACACACUCUUGAGGGCAGUCGUUCUGGACCAGGGGGUUGAACCUGAUCUUAUAGCUGACAUUCAGGGACUCUUAGAAGAUCUGAUUAAAGCUGGGCUCAGACAACGGUUGAUAAAUCUUAUAAAGGAACUUAAUCGGGAGGAACCUUCUGGCUUAGGUGGGCCCUUAUCUGAGCGAUACCUUAUUGACUCACGAGGUGCUCUUGUUGAACGACGUGCUGUUGUUCAUAGGGAAAGACUGAUCCUGGGACAUUGCCUUGUACUUUCUAUUUUGGUUGAUAGACCUGGUCCAAAAGAUGUGAAGGAUAUUUUAAAUGUUUUAAAAGAUAAUGCAGCUCAAUUAACUCAAGGAAAUGACACCAUAAGUUAUCAGAUUACUUUUAGUCUUCUGUUUUCUCUCAUCAUCACCUUUGUAUCAGAUGCUAUCAGCGCACUAUCUGAUGUGUCAUCCAUGAUUUCUCAAGAUUCUUCGUUUAGGACAGAGUUUCAGGAUAUUGUAAUGGCUUCUGGCAGUGACGUCAUUGUUGAUGGCUUCAUUGGUGGCAUAAGGCUUGCCUGGGCUGUGCAUUUAAUGUUGAUUUAUGAUGGAAUAUCUGGAAUGGAUACGAUUUCCACCGCUUCAACAACAGAUAUGGGGCACAUAUGCUUCUGCCUGGAGUCCAUCUUUUCAAAAAAUGUGUUUCAAUUUUUGCUUGAUAAUGUUCUUCUGACUGCAGCCUAUCAGAAUGACGAGGAGGACAUGGUCUACGUAUACAAUGCGUAUCUUCACAAGUUAACCUCUUGUUUUUUAUCUCACCCGAUCGCAAGAGACAAGGUGAAGGAAUCAAAGGACAUGUCUAUGAGCAUUUUAAAUUCUUACCGAACCUAUGAUUCACUUGACGGCAGCAUGCAGACUGAAGAGGCUGACAGGCCACUGCCCUUCAUUUCCCUUAUGGAGUUUGUAAGCAACAUAUAUCAGAAGGAACCUGAGCUACUCUACGGGAAUGAUGUCUUGUGGACAUUUGUGAAUUUUGCUGGAGAGGACCACACAAAUUUUAAAACCCUUGUGGCAUUUCUGGAAAUGCUGUGUACCUUGGCUUCCACUCAAGAAGGUGCUUCUAAGGUUUAUGAGUUGCUCCAAGGUACAGCAUUUCGCAGUAUAGGAUGGGCAACUUUGUUUGAUUGCAUAAGAAUUUACGACGAUAAGUUCAAGCAGUCUCUUCAAACUGCUGGAACCAUGAUGCCAGAGUUCCUGGAGGGCGAUGCAAAAGCACUUGUUGCAUAUCUGAAUGUACUCCAGAAGGUUGUUGAGAAUGGUAAUCCUACCGAGAGGAAAAAUUGGUUCCCUGAUAUCGAACCAUUUUUUAAGCUUCUUGGUUACGAGAACGUCCCUCCAUAUCUGAAGGGUGCUCUUAGGAAGACCAUUGCUGCCUUUGUUUAUGUCUUUCCCGAAAUGAGGGACUCUAUCUGGGCAUUUCUUGAGCAGUAUGAUCUGCCGGUUGUCGUGGGAUCACCUGUGGGAAAGAGUGACCAAUCUUCUCAGGUCUAUGAUAUGCAGUUUGAGUUAAAUGAAAUUGAAGCAAGGAGAGAACAAUAUCCUUCAACAAUAUCGUUCCUUAAUCUUAUUAACGCUCUGAUUGCCGGAGAGAACGAUGUGACUGAUCGUGGGCGUAGGUUUAUCGGCAUCUUCAGAUUUGUCUAUGAUCAUGUAUUCGCCCCUUUCCCUCAGAGGGCCUACUCAGAUCCUUGUGAGAAGUGGCAAUUGGUUGUGGCAAGCCUUCAACAUUUUCACAUGAUUUUAAGCAUGUAUGAUAUUCAGGAGGAGGAUCUUGACGGAUUUACUGAGCACUCACAGUUUUUGGCGUCAAUUGAAACAUCUUCACUGCAAACACAGCUUCCAGUGAUAGAAUUACUAAAAGAUUUCAUGAGUGGUAAAACUCUUUAUAGGAACCUUAUGGGUGUCCUUCAGGUUGGGGUGAAUUCUAUCAUGAGUGAUCGAAUGAGUAAAACUUAUGGGAAGAUCUUAGAAAAGGCUGUACAACUUUCUUUGGAAAUCUUACUGCUCGUAUUUGAGAAGGAUUUGCAUGUUUCCGAUGUCUGGCGGCCACUGUACCAGCCUUUGGAUAUAAUUCUCUCACAAGAUCAUAAUCAAAUUGUUGCCAUGUUGGAGUAUGUCAGAUAUGAUCCUCUUCCUCAGAUUCAGAGAUCUUCAAUCAAAUUGAUGAACAUUUUAAGUUCUCGCUUGGUUGGACUCGUUCCAAUGCUGAUUAAAAUUAAUGCUGCGAAUUCCUUGAUUGAGGAUUAUGCGUCCUGCCUUGAGCUACGACUGGAAGAGGGUGAAGUUGUAGAGAACAGUUCUGAUGAUCUAGGGGUCCUUAUUAUGCAGCUUCUGGUUGAUAAUAUCAACCGGCCUGCACCAAGUAUCACACAUUUGCUUCUAAAGUUUGACCUGGAUGCCCCCGUAGAAGGCACAGUUUUGCAGCCUAAGUUUCACUACAGUUGUCUGAAGGUCAUUCUUGACAUUCUGGAAAAACUUCCAAACCCUGAUAUAAACUUCUUACUCUUUGAGUUCAGUUUUCAGCUUUUGUGUGAGUUGAGUUUGGAUCCAUCAACUAGUGGUCCAACCAUGGAUCUCUUGAGCAGCAAAAAGUAUCAGUUUUUUCUUCGGCAUCUUGAUACCAUCGGUGUUGCUACACUCCCAAGAAGAAGUGGUAGCCAGGCUCUCCGUAUUAGUUCCCUUCAUCAGAGGGCGUGGCUGCUAAAGCUCCUAGGUAUUGCAUUGCAUACUGGUUCUGGAAGCAGUUCAGCUCACCUAGAAGCAUGUCAGAGCAUACUUUCUCAUCUUUUUGGGCGGGAGGUAACCGAAGCAGGGAGUGAACGUUCUUUUUCCAGUACAUAUCCUCUUCAGGAUGGUCUUGAUUAUGCUGGAACUAGUUCAAUCAGUAAGAGUAAGGUUUUGGCCUUGCUUGAGAUCCUCCAGUUUAGAUCUCCUGAUGCUUCUAUGCAGCUUCCUCAAAUUGUGUCAAACCGAAAGUAUGACACACUGGUUGAGGAAAUACUUGGGAACCGUGAUACCUCUGUUAACGGCAGUAUCUACUAUUAUUCUGAGCGUGGUGACCGCCUGAUUGAUCUAUCUUCCUUCAGCAACAAACUCUGGCAGAAACUACAUUCUGGAUUUCCCCUAGUGGAUAGUUUUCCAAAUGUUUCUGAGCUUAACAAAGUUAGAGAGACAAUUCAACAGCUGUUAAAAUGGGGUUGGAAGUAUAAUCGAAACCUUGAGGAGCAAGCUGCCCAAUUUCAUAUGUUAGCUGGCUGGUCUCAGAUUGUUGAGGUAUCUGCUUGCAGAAGAUUGUCUUCCCUGGAUAAUCGGUCUGAAAUUUUGUACGGGAUACUUGAUGCCUCUCUUAGUGCCUCUGCUUCUCCAGAUUGUUCAUUAAAAAUGGCGUUUGUACUUACUCAGGUCGCCCUUACCUGCAUUGCCAAACUUCGUGAUGAUAGAUUUUUGUUUCAUGGUGCCUUGAAUUCUGACACAGUGACAUGUCUAGAUGUCAUGAUGGUAAAACAUUUGUCCACUGGUGCUUGCCACUCAAUUCUAUAUAAACUUGUUAUGGCAAUUCUAAGGCACGAGUCAUCAGAAUCCUUGAGAAGGCGCCAAUAUGCAUUGCUCUUGAGCUAUUUCCAGUACUGCCAGCAUAUGAUUGCUCUGGAUGUGCCAACGUCAGUCGUGCAGUUCUUGUUGCUUAAUGAGCAAGAUGAUGAAGAUUUGGAUAUCCAGAAGAUUGACAAGGAGCAGGCUGACCUUGCUCGCGCCAACUUUGCUGUAAUAAAGAAAGAAGCUCAGGGCAUCCUGGAUCUGGUAAUCAAGGAUGCAUGUCAAGGCAGUGAGUUUGGAAAAACGAUAUCACUUUACGUACUGGAAGCUCUUGUUUGUAUUGAUCACGAGAGAUAUUUUCUGAGUCAGCUUCAGAGCAGAGGUUUCAUACGAUCUUGCCUUGGCAGCAUUAGUAAUAUUUCCUACCAGGAUGGAACACAUUUGCUGGAGUCACAACAGCGAGCAUGUACCUUAGAGGCAGAAUUUGCAUUGCUACUUAGAAUUAGCCACAAGUACGGAAAGUCUGGAGGCCAGGUUCUUUUCUCCAUGGGUGCACUGGAACACAUUGCCUCAUGUAGAGCUAUCAGCUUCAAGGGAAAUAUAAGGCGAGUCGAUAUGAAGGUUCAGAGGGAUGCAGGAUAUGAUGUUCAAAAGCAACGAACAAUAAUCACUGCUGUCCUAAGAUUGGUGUUUGCUCUAACUUCAUUGGUUGAGACCACUGAAUUUUUUGAGGGGAGGAAUAAAAUUGUCCGUGAAGUCAUUGAGUUUAUCAAGGAACAUCAGUUUCUUUUUGACCAACUUCUUCGGGAAGACUUUACCCAAGCAGAUGAUGUAUUGAUGGAGCAAAUUAUCCUAGCAGUAGGAAUAUUGAGCAAGAUCUGGCCUUAUGAAGAGAACAAUGAAUGUGGAUUUGUUCAAGGGAUGUUUGAUAUGAUGAGCAAGCUUUUCAUCGUCUCUCCGAUUCAAUCCAUAUCAUCGCGAGUAGGACAAGUAGUUCAGGAAGGGCCCAGGGUCAAAUUGUCUCAGUUGCGAUUCAGCUUGACUUUUUAUUUAUAUUUUCGGGGGCCCAAAAAUUCAUUGGGGUUACAGGUUUCAGAUAAUUCUUUUGAUAACUCCACUAAACUACGGCAACCAACGUUGAUGCUGCUUGCAUCUCUUCUUUCGCAUGUGACUGAUUCCCUCGAGAGAGCAGCAGAGAAAAAGUCCUUACUUCUUCAUAAGAUUAGAGACAUUAACGAGCUCUCCAGACAAGAUGUAGACGCUGUAAUCAAGAUGUGUGAUUGCCAAGAAUAUGUCACACCCUCCGACAACAUACAUAAGAGGAGAUACAUAGCUAUGGUCGAAAUGUGCCAAAUCGUGGGUACCAGGGACCAGUUAAUCACAUUGUUACUACAACUAGCAGAGCAUGUACUAAAUAUCAUCCUGAUCCAUUUCCAGGAUAGAUCUGUUAGUUCAAACGAAAGGGGAUCAUACGGUUCAAAAUCCCAUCAACAACAGGAUAUUACAAAUCUAUGUGGCAAAUUGUCACCUACCAUAGAAAGGCUUGUAUUACUGAAUGAGGGAAAAGUAGGACAUAACCUGAAGGUGUUCCUAAGACUGGCGACUACUGUAAAAGAAAUGGCUGUCCAAAAGUGUUUAUGAUAUUGUAUGUGGUUAUUGAACGAUUUCUUGUAUGAAAUGUCCAAAUCUAAAAUGUAUUGUGGGUAUGUAUAACUGGGCUCAGGGAUUUUCAAUUAUGAAAUUGCUAGGUGUCCACCAGAUCUCAUAAACCUUAUAAUUUCCCCGAGAAUGAUUUUAUUAAACCACUACUUUCUUGCUCAA